CACGAACGAAGAUGGCUUGGAGAUCGCCCUUGUUGAUGAAGACAAGUGGUUCCAAGAAGACCAAAUGGUCUUAUCAGUUCUCCAAAACUCCCUUGAAGCAUCAAUCCUUGAAGGAUACUCCUAUUGUGAGACUCCCAAGGAUCUUUGGGAAACUUUGCAAAAUGUCUUUGGAAACCAAUCCAACCUAAGCCGUGUUUUUGAGAUCAAGAAAGCCAUCAACGAGCUGACCCAAGGAGACAUGGAUUUCACUCAACACUUUGGGAAGUUUCGGUCUCUUUGGGCCGAGCUUGAGAUGUUGAGACCCAACACUCUUGAUCCGGCGGUCAUCAACGAGAGGCGUGAGCAAGACAAGGUCUUUGGUCUACUCUUCACCUUGAGUCUGGCGUACAACGACCUCAUCAAGCAUCUUCUCCGUGCUGACAAGCUCCAAAACCUUGAAGAAGUGUGUUCUCAAAUCCAAAAGGAGCAAGGAUCUCUCGGGUUGUUUGGUAGCAAAGGAGAGCUUGUCUCGGGCAACUCAAGUGAGCUUGCAUCCGCCAACCGUGGGAACUUCAAUGCCAACCGUGGGAAAGCUCCAUGGUGUGAUCAUUGCAAACGGAGUGGACAUGCCAAAGAGAAGUGCUGGAUUCUUCACCCUCACCUAAAGCCAGCACGAAGAGAGCCAAGAGCAAACCAAGCUACCGGAGGGAACCUUGGAGGCCAAGAGCAAGCCGGAACAUCAAGUCAAGCCUUGGGAGGAAAUGGAGCCGCAAUGAUGGCCUCUUCCGACCUUGUGAGACGUUCUGACCUCGACGCACUCAUCAAGGCUCUCAAAGAGUCUUCCGGAUAUUGAGACUAGUAGAGUGCUUGGUCAUGGAGGUACA